AUGCCCCCUAUGGCUGACGGUGGGAGUCAGCGGGGGUAUUUUAGGCGCACCGAAAGUCCUUCCAACCAGGAAUACGUGUGCACAUCUUACGCUUCGGGGUCCUCCUCGGGUUCGGGUGUCACUACAGCGGCAGGCUUUGCGCCCAUUGGGCUCGGUAGCGAGACCGUUUCCUCAGGACGCGCACCGGCGUCGAUCAACGGCAUCGUCGGGUACUCUCCUUCCCAGGGGGAAGUUCCUUGCAGGGAUGUGUGGCCUUUGUACCCUACGUGUGAUGUUCUAACACCACACACGAAAACCGUUGAGGAUAUGUUGGCUGUCUUGGACAUCGUCAUGACAGACGAGCCCACGUCGGAUGGGGACUUCUGGAGGACACAGGAGACGAGUCAGAUUUACAAAUCAUCCGAAAUCCGCCCAAAGAGCUUUUCCAGCCUCAUGGACCCCGCAGCAUUGAAAGAAAAGCGGCUAGCCGUCCCCAAAUGUUAUAUCGGCAAAGGAACUACAACAGCUAGGGAUGAUCCUGCCUUCGCCGACUCUAUCCGGGCUCUGUGGCUUCAGGCUAAAAAAGACCUGGAAACACUUGGAGCGAGCGUUGUUGAGACGGAUUCCCCCCUGGUGGAGAAUUAUACCAAGCAGCACUUUCCCGGUCAGGCUGCCCAUGUUCCCGGCAUGCCGGAGGGCUGGAUGAUAUCGAGCGAUGUUCGGCCCUUCUAUGCGCCCUUGGACGACCCCUGCAAACAUACCGAGGCUGGAAACCGUGUCCGAUACGCCGACAUGAUUGAUUACAUCCGCCAUAGCCCAGAAUCGAUUCAUGACCUUCCCGAUCGUUUUCCCAACAACGGAGACGUUCCACGCGCCGAUGCCGAGGAGGUGGUCUCGUCCAUGCAGCACGCGCUGCGUGACGGCGUCAAGUAUUCGAAUGGCACGCGAGCACUAAAGCACAUGAGCGUUCCGGCCAUAAAAGUACCCACGGGGAUCAUGGCAGACAAGCAAAUGCCUGUCGGACUGGCUUUUGCUGGCAGGGCUUACACCCACGGUGACCUUCUGAGAUAUGCAUAUGCGUUUGAAACGGCAACGCGACAUCGAACAAGCCCUCCAUUGACUCCAUCGUUGUCAUCAGAUUCUCUGGCGAGCUCAUUCCGAUUGGAAAAUCCGCCAAGUCAUGCUCAAGCUGCCAAUCUCACAGUUAAUGUCGCCAGUGUCAAUGCCGAGGCGAUCGGAGUCAUCGAGGUGCGACACAUUCAUCUCGAAGGGACUUGUUCGUCUAGUGAGCUAACCUUGAAAGUCGAAAGCAUCAAGGUGUUCUCCAAUGGUGAGCCUUCGGCAGUAGUCCGAAUGAUAGGUAACCGGCCGGUGGACAUGGCAGGGCCGCCUCAAGAAGCGCCAACACCAUGA